ACAAAAAAGUGGGAACUUUGUAAUGAAUGCGCUACUUAGAAAGACCAACAAUAUAUUCACGUAAUUUAGAGCUCUGCCUUCAAUUAUUUUCUACAAACAUUUGACUAAUUACAGGAGAUAGAAACUUUCGUUCAUGUAAAUUGAAGCGUUCUGAGUUGAUUGUCAAAAAUGGAAUUCGUUGCGUGUGUAAAAUGAUUGACAGAUAUUUAAAGUUAUGCUCCCCUGGUUUGAGGAUUGCACUUAGAGAUAAUAUCAUCGUUCAAUAGGUUACAAAUCGCAUAAAAAAAAAUUACAACAUUCUAUGUAUCUGUUUAUUUUAGAACAUUAGUCCUGAGCAUGUAUCAGUUUGUAGGCCUAUUUAGUAACACACACACACGAAGUCAACUUUUAAUUAGCUGGAGCUUGCGGUGCAUGGAUAAAUAAUUCAAUAAUUCGCACUACGUCAAUCAUAAAUCUGUUUGUUGAAGAGGCCUCUCUGUAGAGAGUUGUGUUUUAUUUUGUUUCGUUUCAAAACGUUUGGAGUCGUUCAGAAAUGAGAGUGGUUUACGUGUCUCACGUUGCCAAGUUUGUCUUAGUAGGUCUCUCGUUUGUCAUGCUCGUGGUACUAACAGCCAAGACCAUCAGCUCCAGAUUGAAUGGCCAGAAGAAAUUAGUAGAGGAAACAUCGUCCUGGGUUUUCAAAUCACAAGAUGGUGGACUAGAGCUACUUCCUGUACAACAAGUGAAAUACGAGGACCUAAAUGUAUUAGCGUAUCGCUCAUUUGACGAGAGCAAGUCACCGUUUAUACUUCCACCUGACAAGGACAUGACUGGAACCGUUUACACCAAACACAAGCCUGCAGGAAGCACAAGGUACAUUAGUAUUGGUUACUUUGACCCCAACAAGGAGCUGAGCUUCUUACAGAAAACUUAUUUUGACGAGUGUGAGUACAACAAAUGUAAAAUGACAAGCGAUGUAGAGUCAGCUGAUGCUGUUAUAUUCCUGGUAGCAAGGCUAACUAGAGUUGGAAUCCCUACAUUUCGCAGAAAGCCUGGACAGAUUUGGAUAAUGAAAACCGACGAGGCCCCUUCAAGGUUUACCUGGUUUGAAAGUUUAAACAGAACUGGACUCAAAGAACACUUUAACUGGACACUGACUCACAAACUGGACAGCGACAUUCCUUUUGUGUACGGCAGACUUAUACGACAAAACCUUACGGAACCAAAAGACUAUGACAAAAUUUACCAAGGCAAGAAUCGAACUGCAGCAUGGUUCGUGAGUCAUUGUAAAGUUAGAUCUGAUAGAAUGAUAUAUGUAGAGAGAAUGCAGAGCAGAACCGAUGUAGAUAUAUUUGGUCUAUGUGGACCAUACACAUGUGGGAUGGCCGAGAAGGUACCCGGUGUCCAAACUAUGAGAAAACAAGCUGACCAACUGCAGUGCUUCCCUUUAUUAUCUCAAUCUUAUAAGUUCUAUUUGGCCUUUGAGAACUCUCUGUGUCAGGAGUACAUCAGUGAAAAAUUCUUCAAGAUGUUUAACAACGUCGAUGUUGUGCCGGUUGUCCGAGGAGGCGCUGACUACAAGAGAUACUUCCCUUCAGACAUGUACGUGGACGCAGCUGAUUUCUCUACCCCUGAAGCUUUAGCGGAUUAUCUUGACGAUCUGGGUAACGACAAAGAGAGAUACAUCUCUUAUCUUAAAAACAAAGACAGGUAUAGGUCAGUGCUAGAGUUCCCCGACUGGCAAUGUCGCCUCUGUGAGAAGUUACACACAGACCAUUCGAUACACACCUACAGCAAUGUCUAUGAGUGGUGGGUGAAAGACUCUUGUCACGAUCCUGUGGAUUCUCAACAAAUGUUUUGGUGACAGUCUAGAUCUAGAUCUAUGCGUUCGUUAUCCAACAACAUCGAUUUAAACUGAUGACCAUUUUGUUUUCAAUGAUUGCACUAUACACGUGUAAGGGUUUAAAAGGAGAUUCCAUGUACAAUUACAGAAUGAAUAGUAGGCCUAGAUCUAAUUGUUAUUUUUAUUAAUUUUAUAUUUAAAAUGUCUGUAUUCCAUUCCUAUUUCAAUACUUUGUGUUUUUCUUAAUUGGCAUUAGAUAUGAUAAAAUAAACCUUUUUGUGAUAUUAAAAUAUGUUCUUAAAAUAUUUUUUUAAAACCAUUAAUCACUGUAUUAUGAUAGAGUUCCUGCAAAAAUUUAAAUAAAAAAACAAUUUUAAAAUAUUUUUUUAAAUACAAUUCUACAAAGUAAAAAAAGAUCAUAAUAUAUUUUCAAUAACAUAGGCUAGUGUCAAAAAGGUGUAGGCCAACAGUUCGAUCCUGGCAGUAGGCCUACGAUUUCGAGCUUUGUAUGAAAAAUGUUAAUGCUUGCCAGAAAUAAAAGAGUGUUCAACAUCA